UGUAUCCACGGUGUCUGAAACAACAAUAGCCGUCGAAGACCAAAACCCUUCACUCUGCAACUCUCACUUCACUCCUAGUCUGCUUGUGAGACAAUGAUGAUGGCAGGGACAUACAAAACCCUAACAAAUACUUUCCUCCAUUUCCCAUUCACAACUAAACCCCAAAACCCAUUGACCACACACUCCAGUAACCACUCUUUCCCUUCUUCUCGCCUCCGCCACCGUGCCAUUUACGCGGUUGCCAACCCAGUUCAACCUCCACAAAUAGCCACCGACUCAACCACUCCGGGUCAGUACCGAGUCGACGUGCUCUCUGAAUCGCUCCCCUUCAUCCAGAAAUUCCGCGGCAAGACCAUAGUCGUCAAGUACGGUGGCGCCGCCAUGAAGUCCCCGGAGCUUCAGGCUUCUGUAAUCAACGACCUGGUCCUCCUAUCUUGCGUGGGCCUCCGCCCCGUCAUGGUCCACGGCGGCGGUCCCGAGAUCAACACCUGGCUUGGACGCCUUAACAUCCCCGCUGUCUUCCGCGACGGCCUCCGCGUUACCGACGCCGAUACCAUGGAGAUCGUCUCCAUGGUUCUCGUCGGCAAGGUCAACAAAACCCUCGUCUCCCUCAUCAACAAGGCCGGGGCCAACGCCGUAGGUCUCUCCGGCCUCGAUGGCCGCCUCCUAACCGCCCGUCCCAGCCCCAAGGCCGCCGAUCUAGGCUUCGUCGGCGAGGUCGCCAGAGUCGACCCUGCAGUCCUCCGCUCCCUCAUCGACACCAACCACAUCCCGGUCGUCACCUCCGUCGCCGCCGACGAGUCCGGACAGCCCUACAAUAUUAACGCCGACACUGUCGCUGGAGAACUGGCUGCAGCGCUUGGCGCGGAGAAGCUGAUUCUGCUGACAGACGUGGCGGGGAUCCUGGAGGAUCGGAACGAUCCCAACAGCUUGGUGAAGAAGAUUGACAUAAAAGGAGUGAAGAAAAUGGUUGAGGAGGGAAAAGUUGGAGGUGGAAUGAUACCUAAGGUUAAUUGUUGCGUGAGAUCGCUGGCACAAGGGGUUACUACCGCGAGUAUUAUUGAUGGUAGGGUUCCUCACUCUUUGUUGCUCGAGAUUUUAACUGAUGAAGGUGCUGGAACUAUGAUAACUGGCUAACUUUAUUUAUGCCUUUUUUCCUAAUUUUGUUGCUCUCUUUUUCUCAAUCCCGUUUGUACUACCUUCAGUUGAGGUUGCAUUGCAGCAUUUGUUUUGUUAGAUUCUUGAUUUUUUUUAAGUGCGUACAACGUAGAAUUGAAUUGAAUAUAAGGUAGUUGAUCAAU